GGUUAUUUCCCUGUUCGUCAGCUGACUGAAGUCAUAUGAUACUGUUCCUUACAUCACAUUGCUCAGAGAGGUUUGGGUUUGAGUACUUAUAGCCGGUGGGUCCGAACAUAGUCAGCCAGUCUGUGCCACUGUUUCAGAGAGCUUGACUGAGAUCAAUAACAAUGGCACGGUCGUGGAUUGGCAUGCUGGUCGUGCUGCUGUUUUCUGUGAGCUCUCAUAAAGGUAGUUGUGUUCCAGUUCAAGCCAAAGAAUCAUGGGGAUAUGUGGAUGUCCGUGAUGGAGCUCAUAUGUUCUGGUGGUUGUACUACGCCAAUAGCUCCAGUGCCAGUUAUAAAGAACUACCUCUGGUUAUGUGGCUGCAGGGAGGUCCUGGAGGAUCUAGCUGUGGUUUUGGCAAUUUUGAGGAAAUUGGACCUCUUGAUAGAGACCUGAAGCCGAGAGAAACCUCUUGGGUGAGUGCUGCCAGUGUGCUAUUUGUGGAUAACCCAGUGGGCACGGGAUACAGUUACACAGACACUGAAGAUGCCCUCACCAAGGACGUUGCGAUGGUGGCAUCAGACAUGAUGGUCCUCCUCAAGAGCUUUUUCUCUCUAAAGACAGAGUUUCAAAGCAUUCCCUUCCAUAUAUUUUCGGAGUCUUACGGAGGCAAAAUGGCAGCAGCUAUUUCCCUCGAGCUCACAAAGGCAAUUCAAGCUGGUUCAAUCAAAUGCAACUUCGCUGGGGUGGCUUUGGGAGACUCCUGGAUCUCUCCGAUCGAUUCAGUCAUGACGUGGGGUCCUUAUCUUUACAGCACAUCUCUGUUGGAUGACAAUGGGCUGGAUGAGGUGAAUAAAGCAGCAAACGCAGUGCUGGAGGCAGUAAAACAGGGCCAGUACCAAAAAGCCACUAACUUGUGGUCCUACACAGAGAAUGUGGUGGAGCAGAACACAAAUGGUGUGAACUUCUACAACAUCCUCACUCAAGAAACUGAUGAGAUGAAGACCAGUUCAGAUCAAGCUGCGGAUGGAUUUCUCUCCUCGCUCAAGCGUCACCACAUUCGCCCUUUGCACCGUCAGUCCCUUUCUGAGUUGAUGAACGGGCCAAUCAGACAGAAGCUUGGUGUCAUACCAAAGAAUGUCACAUGGGGAGGACAAGCUGACGCUGUGUUUGUCAGCAUGGCAGGAGAUUUCAUGAAGCCUGUGGUGAACAUUGUGGAUCAGCUUCUGGCUGCAGGUGUCAAUGUCACCAUCUACAAUGGCCAGCUGGAUCUCAUCGUGGACACAAUGGGUCAGGAGUUGUGGGUGAAACAGCUGAAAUGGGAUGGACUCCAAUACUUCAACAAGAUGAAAUGGACGGCACUGGAGGACCCACAAACUUUGAGCCAGACUGGUGCUUUCUAUAAGACUUAUAAGAACUUUGCCUUCUACUGGAUCCUCAAAGCUGGACAUAUGAUCCCAUCUGACCAGGGGCCAAUGGCUCUACGGAUGUUGAAGAUGGUGACUCGGCAGGAGUGAUGGAUCUUACUCAGAUAAAAACUGGCUUGUGAACCUCUUUUAGACAAUCAACACUCUUUCAACAGACUUUUUUUAACAUUUUGGUUGAAAUGUAAUCAUUAUGUAAUCAUUUUUCAAUGCCCGUCUUGUAAAAUUUGUAAAUCUGAAUGUGUGCAAACAAUAAAGUCGUAAUUUUUUUUUUACA